CAUCUCAUCUCUUCUCUCUCAAUUUUUUCUCGUCUAUCACUCUGCUGGUCGUCGUCAGGGCAGGUAAGAGGAUUAGGGUUUAGAAUGGAAGGUGGUAAUGGAAAUCCAGAACAGUUAUCAGCAGAGGGUGCCAGAUUCCUUGAACAGGGAAUUGGGUUGUUAUUCUCUCGAUGGAAUGCACUUCAGAUGGCUGUUGCAGACAAUUGGGGAGGGGGUGAUUCUAUUCUGAAGUCACAGAAUUUUGCUGCAGAAGUUUUAUUAUGGUUCACCCAUCCGAACGAAGCAGUACUAUACAUAGAUGAUUUGGAAGAUAUUCUGGACGAGUCGAUGGUUUCAUUAUUCGAUUCUGAGAUAGAAGACAACAGUAUUGAAGAGAUUGCUGAGAAACUGAUGGUGAUGCAUGAAGAAUGUUUGCAGGGAAAUUAUAAUUCAAUUCAAAUAUUAUUGAAUGAUGAUGUUCAUCAUAUUAGACAGGCAGCUGCUGCUGCUGCUGCUGCUGCUGAUGUUAUUGAUGAAUUUGAAGCUAUGGUACUCGUGGAGAAUCCUGGGCCUCAGGCUAGAGUUGAUGAGCCUAAUGCUCCUGAAGUAGAUGAAGAAGGAUGGAGAAUAGUUGGCCCUAGAAGGAGAAGAAGGAACUAGCUAAGGUCAAUUGCUCUUCUUCUCAAGAACAGAAUUGGAUGUGUUUAAUUAUUUGUGUUAGGUAGAUCUACUAGUUUUUGUUUAUAAAGCCAUGGAUACUAUAAGUUCAUAUAUUUCCUCUUUUUCUUUGAUUGUGGCAAGUAUAGGGUUAACUCAAAUUCAAUU